GCUGAUCCCUGAGCAGAGCCGCGCCGACGGGAGGGAGGUGGUCGCGGACCAGGCGCUGGUUUCCGGGGACUUUCCCCGAGCAACACUGACAUGUGACGUUUUUCCUCCUUCCUCUGAGACGCCGUCCCAGCAGAACCGGACCUCUCCGCUUCCUGUUUCGCCCCCCUCGUUCUGGGUCCGGGCUGGACGGUGAGAGCCGAACCGUGCGCGCUGUGGGGCGUCGUGGACCCAGCUCCCGUGUUCCCUGUUCCACGCAGGGAGGGCAGCGGAGGAUGAGGCUGGCGCAGCAGUCCCGCCGAACCGUGAGCCGGACGCGUGUGGAUGGUUAGGGGAUGAAGUGUGGGCUCCUGAAGGCUGAAGGCUGAAUCCUCUCCUCAAGACGGCCAGUGAAGAUGGGUCCUGCCUGCUCAGCGCCUACCUCCUGCGGCUGGCGUCCUGCCUGAUCAACAUCAUCAGCGAUGUAGUCAGCCUCUUCCUCUGCGUCCUCAUCCUCGGCACCAAGUACUCGCAUCUGUUAAAGAAGGAGACCGUCAAGAUGAUCCUGCUGCGCAAGUUCCGCGUCCUGAUCCUCAUGGUGUUCCUGGUGGCCUGCUCCAUGCACAUCAUGAUCGACCUGCUGCCCAAGCUGGAGCGCCAGAGCGGCGGCGGCUGCUCCUGCUCGCACACGCCGAGCGAGCAGGAGCAGCCGGAGCGCGGCUGGGCCAAGCAGGGCUGGCCCAACAAGCACACCCUGCGGAUCCUGCAGGACUUCAGCAGCGAGCCCAGCUCCAACGCGUCCUCCCGCUCCGUGGACCGGCCGCCGGCGGCCAGAGCGCCCGGUCCGGAGCUCCCGGGCCAGCGCGCCGACAGGAAGAGACUCUUCGCCCAGGACGCGGGGGCGGCGGCGGCGGCGCGGCUCAGGCCGGCCAGAGGUUCGAGGCUGUCGGCUCUGUUCGAGCAUCCGCUGUACAGGAGGUCGGUUCCGGGCCUGACGGACGAAGACACGCUCUUCAACGUGAACGCGGACAUCAGGCUGGACCCCAAAGCGGCGGAGGACCCGGCCUGGACCGGGGAGGGCACGGAGGACGAGUUCAGCCCGACUGGGGAGCUGACGGCCGAGUCCUACCCCAACUGGCUGCGCUUCCACAUUGGGAUUAACCGCUACGAGCUGUACUCCAGACACAACCCGGUCAUCGACGCUCUCCUUAAAGACCUGGUGACGCAGCGGAUCACCACAGUCGCCAUGAAGUCAGGAGGCACUCAGCUGAAGCUCAUCAUGACCUUCCAGAACUACGGCCAGGCUCUCUUCAAACCCAUGAAGCAGACCCGGGAGCAGGAAACCCCGCCGGACUUCUUCUACUUCUCUGACUUUGAGAGACACAACGCUGAGAUCGCAGCCUUCCACCUGGACAGGAUCCUGGACUUCCGGCGGGUCCCUCCUGUUGCCGGCAGGCUGGUCAACAUGACGAAGGAGAUCAGAGAUGUGACCAGAGACAAGAAGCUGUGGAGGACCUUCUUCAUUUCUCCAGCCAACAACGUGUGUUUCUACGGAGAGUGCUCGUACUACUGCUCCACCGAGCACGCUCUGUGCGGCAAACCGGACCAGAUAGAGGGAUCCCUGGCGGCCUUCCUCCCCGACCUGGCCCUCGCCAAGCGCAAGACCUGGAGGAACCCGUGGAGACGCUCCUAUCACAAACGCAAGAAGGCAGAGUGGGAGGUGGACCCAGACUACUGCGAGGAGGUGAAGCAGACUCCACCGUACGACAGCGGCACACGGCUGCUGGACAUCAUGGACAUGACCAUCUUUGACUUCCUCAUGGGAAACAUGGACCGGCACCAUUAUGAGACAUUUGAAAAGUUUGGAAACGAGACCUUCAUCAUCCACCUGGACAACGGCAGAGGCUUUGGAAAACACUCUCAUGAUGAGAUGUCCAUCCUGGUGCCCCUUGUGCAGUGCUGCAGGGUGAGGAAGUCGACCCACCUGCGUCUGCAGCUGCUGGCCAAGGAGGAGUACAAGCUGUCUGUCCUCAUGGCCGAGUCCAUGACGAGGGACCGGCUCAGUCCCAUCCUCAUCCAGCCUCACCUGAACGCCAUGGACCGACGGCUGCGCCUGGUGCUGAAUGCUCUGUCUGAGUGCAUCGACAAGGAGGGCUACAGCUACGUGGUGGAGGACGACCUGCAGGGGGACCGGGGGGCCGAGCACACACACAGCGGCCCCAGGAGGAGGUAGCCAGGGGGGGGAAGGCUGCAGUGGAGCGACUCCCAGGAGAAAGGAGCAUGGACACUGAGCUGACGCUGUCUUUUGUUGAAACUAGACCAGCGACCCGUGCCGUCCGCCUCCUGCUGAGCUGGUACAAACCAGAACUCUUCCCUAACAAAGGGGACUUUGAACUGAAUCUGGACGGACCAGAACCACCUUUCACCAGGACUCCUUAUCAUGAACAUGUAGUUUAGGAUAGAUGAGCACCCCGCACCCAGUGGAGGUCUUGGAGGAGACCCAUCAUGGACCCGCUGUUUGAAUUCAGUGAAUUCUGCGGGCCUUGGAAUAAAUCUGCCAACAUGAACGUUCACCACAGGACAGAAGCUGGAUCAAUAUGAGGUUUUGCUGAUUUCUUUUGUAAAAUGUUUUAUUCCACGGUUUCUUUUUUGGACUUUAUUUCUGCUGAUCUGUUUCAGCGUCUGAUUGGAGCUUUUGGAAGGGAGUACAGGUUUACUCCUGCAUCAGUUUGCCCUUAAACUUUUACUUGACAGAGUAUUUAUUAAAAUUUGUAUUUAUUGUUUGCCACAACAAAAGAAAAACAGAAAAACUGUUCUGGUAAAUGAAGCUGUAGGAUGGUGUACGUCUCUGUUUCUCCACAAGAGGGCAACGUGAGCAUGUGCAACAAGCCACCAUCAGCCUCCUCUCCUCUUUCCAACCUUUAAUGCGUUUCCUGCAGCUUUUAUUCUCUUCUCUGCAGCAGAUAUGAGGUUAGAUUUAGGCCAAACGUGACACUAAUUCAUAUCCUUAUUCAUUUGGUUUGUAACGUGCUUAAUGUGCUGAUGUUGCUGUUGUGGAGAGAUAAUCUUUCAGGAUGUAUAUUUCCUUCAUGACCAACAGCUGAUAGCUGAACUGUUGUCACUGAUUCAGUCUCUGGCUGAAAGUUAAUAUAUACAGUAGGAAAAUCUAGUGCCUGUGCAAUGAUAGAAAUACUUGAAUGUGUGGGUUAUAGCGGAGCGGGUACAACUGUAGAGCUCUUCAUACGUGUCUGUGCUGAAUGAGGCUUUUAUUAUCUAGUUCCUGUCCUGUCUGUGUCAGGGCAGCACAGGGUGUGUGGGUGAAAAGGCUUCUUUUUAUUCCUUUGAUCCAUUGUUUGUUAUUUCUGUUGUUUUUUAUUCCUUUGCAUCAUGGUAACAGUGCAAUAAAACUAAAUCAGCAUAA